UUCAUAAUAGUCCCAUAUGGGACUAUUAUAAACACCAGUUAGAUAUAGUGGGGCAAUUCUGAAUCCAUCACUUGUCUUAAAAUAAAUAUAAAUAGAUUGUUUAUUUUAUGUCAAUUUACGAAUUUUGAAUUUUAUUUUGAAUGAUAAAUUCGUAAAUUUAAAUAAAUCGGAAUUUUAUGAGAGAAUGAAGAAACUACAAGUUUUGAAAAAAUUCAAUUUGAAUUAUGUAAUCUUUUCUUCAAAGCAAUUUUUAUAAAUAAAAUUUUUAAAUUUAGUCAUUUUCUAAUUAAUUCAUUCAAAUUCAAAAUAUGAUUAAAACUGAUUUAAAUAGUUUUCAUUUUUUGAAUUAUAUUCAUGUUCUCAAAUGAGAAGAUACACUUCCAGUUGGUAGCCUUUGAAAGCUAUGGGAUAACUCUUAUGGGAAGAACUGGAUCUCUCGCACAACUGCUUGACGCUUGAGAAUACCAUACGGAGCUUCGAAGAAAAACUACAAGUCAAGGACAUAAAAUGAUCAGGGGUUCGGAGUACCGUGAUAAUCCCGAAAAUCCCAUAAUAAUCCCAAAAAUCCCAGAGUACGAAAUCCACCGUUUCCCCCUUGAUAGAAAUCUAUAAAGUCAUACUUUUAUUUCUUACAUCUGUUUGUUAUCUUUUUUUUGUCUAAAAUGAAUAGUUGUUUGUAUAUCCACAGAGAUUUGACAUUUUCUAUGAUGAAUAUCAAUGAUUACGUCGUCAAUAUUUAUCAGACAAAGAUAUUUCCCUUUAAAUUAUUCUUUACCUUUUCCUUUUUGUUCUUUUUGUUAAUAAAAGAAUAUAUCCAAACAUUUGAUUUAUUUUAGUAUAAUAAAUAACAAUAAAUAUUCUCAUGAAUCUUCAUUAAAUUCAUUUAUUGAUUGUCAGUUAUAACAACAAUCAUCAUCUGUAUUAAAUAAUGAAAUUUUAAUAAAAGUAAGGUUGAGACAUAUUUUUUUUUGUUCGGUAACUAAUCAAAUGAGAAAAAAAGAUCACCUGCUGACUUUUUUUUAUUGUUUUCACGCAUUGGAAUAGUUAAUAUGAUGACCUUGUUAUUACUCUUGAGACCGAAAAAUGAUGGUCUAAACAAUGAAUUAAUCGAUUUUUUUAUGUAAAUAAAUUCUAUGUGGAUUUUAGAAUAUAAUUUUUCACCGAAAUCAUCCAAAUGAAUGAUUAGGUUUAACUCUUCGUUAUGGUAUAACAUCAAAAUCAACUACUAAUAUUUAUAUUCAACAAAUAAAGAAAAAACGAAUCAUUUUUCAUACAUAUAUUCUCAUAUAAUAAUGAAUAGGUUGAUAAAGAGAGUAUAGCAGGUCAUCAGAGUGAACUUCGAAGUAGUGAUCUAAUUAUUAAAAUAAACAAUCAUCGUGUUACAAGUCGAGACGAAGUAAUUAAUCUUGUAAAUGGUGCUUGUCGUAUUCUUUUAUAAAUUGUACAUUUUCAAGUUAAUUGUCUUCCAAUAAUUCAAUCAAUACCAUUAACUGAAGAUGAUAAUGGUGUUGUUCUUGCUUGUAAUACAGAUAUUAAAACAACAAAUCAAAAAUCUUCAAAUGAAUGUAAUAAUUUAAUAAAAAGUUGUAUUAGUUUAUCAUCAUCUACAUUAAAUAAUAAUUGUUUAUAUUGUCGUCGUAUACAAUCUUAUACAGAUCAAUUUCAAUAUUGUCGUUGUUUAUCAUUAAAUGAUUUAAGAUCAUAUAAUGAACAAAUUAUACUUAAACCAUUACUAUUUAAUAAUCAAUUACAACAAAAUUUAAUUGUUAAACGUCGAAAUGAUAGUGAUAGUAGUCGAUCAAAAUCAAAUGAUUCAUAUCAUUCUCAUUACAAUAAUAAUCAUAAUCAAUGGACAUUAAAACAUUUUCGACGUCGUUGUUGUGAACAACGUUUAAAAGAACAAUAUCAAAUAAUAGAUGAUGAACCAAUGAGUGAAUUAAAACAAGGUAAAUAUUGGACAGGACAACAACGUAAAGAACAUUUAGCUAAAGCAAAACAAUAUCGACAACGUGCAAAAUUUUUUCAACAACGUUUAAUAAUACCUUAUUCAGAUUCAGCAACAGAAGAUUUUAAUUUAUUAAAUCAUAUAUUUAUUCAAGAAAAUCAACAAGAAUUAAAUGAAAAACUAUAUUUAGCUUAUAAAUAUGGACAACAAUCAUCAAUUGAAAGAAAUCGAUUAAAACGAAUGAUUCAACAACAUUAUUUUAAUAGAAUUAAAUCUCAAUCAACUACAAACUAUAUCAAUUUCUUGUACAAUUAA